CUGAGCCUGGGAAAUUAAAGGCUCGGCGGAGCUGGUCGGUUUAUAUCGGAAAGCGGCUUUGACUUCAGGAAAGGCGAUCUGCCGAGGGGGCGCGGUGGCAGCCCUUUGGGCCCCUCCCCUCCUUCCUGGGUUUUUUCGCGGCCGCCGCAGACUCCCGGCUCCGCCCCGCCCUCCCGUCGCUGGGAGGGCUGGUCUGGGUCGUUGGCGCGCCCCCUUCGGGGUAGACGCUAGGCCCAGCUGGAACCAGAGAGUUUGAAACAAAACUUCAGACAGGAAUCCUUGGGACCUGACACAAUGGAGACGGAAAGUGAGCAGAAUUCAAAUUCAGCCAGUGGCAGUUCAGGCUCUGGUGGAAGCACUCGCCCUCAGAUAUCGCAAAUGACACUCUAUGAGCGGCAGGCAGUGCAGGCCCUUCAAGCACUACAGCGACAACCCAAUGCAGCCCAAUACUUUCAUCAAUUUAUGCUUCAACAACAGCUCAACAGUGCUCAACUUCACAGUCUGGCUGCAGUCCAGCAGGCCACAAUUGCAGCCAGCAGACAGGCAAGCUCUCCAAACACAAGCUCCCCUCAGCAGACAGCCACCACCCAGGCUUCAAUUAAUCUGGCUACCACAUCAGCUGCACAAUUAAUCAGUCGCUCACAAAGCGUGAGUUCACCUGGUGCCACGACACUGACACAAUCAGUCCUUCUAGGAAACACCACUUCACCACCUCUUAACCAGUCACAAGCUCAAAUGUAUCUUCGGCCACAGCUGGGGAAUCUGUUGCAGGUGAACCGGACCUUGGGCCGCAAUGUACCUCUUACUUCCCAGCUCAUCUUGAUGCCAAAUGGGGCUGUGGCUGCUGUUCAGCAGGAAUCACCUUCCCCUCAUGCUCCUGGGAUCCACACAGACACAGACCAGGUGCAGAAUUUGGCUGUCAGGAGCCAGCAGACUUCAGUAGCUAAUGCACCACUCCAAGGUUCUACUCCAAAGGCUACUUUGCCAGGGAAUUCCCAGUCUUCAGUACUACCCCAUGCUGGCCAAACAUUGACAGUAACCCAAGGAUCUUCUGGCAAUGUAGGCCAGUCACUCAAUCUAAGCCAAGGUGCAGCAGGAAGUAAUGGCAUUUCUGGAGGUAUGGCCUCGUCAGUAGGCAGUCAUGCUACCACUGGGUUGAACCAGUCAACUUCAUCCGGCCCAGGAUCCAGCUGCCAAAGGAAAGGCACUGGUGUGGUUCAGCCUUUACCAGUACCUUCUGCUCCCCAGGCAGUGACUGUGAGCCAAGGAAGUCAGACAGAGGCAGACAGUAUGGCAGCAAAGAAAGCUGAAGGUGACGGUAAUGGGCAACAGACUGUGGGCAUGAAUCUGACCAGGACAGCUACACCAGCUCCAAGCCAAACUUUGAUCAGCUCUGCUACGUAUACCCAAAUCCAGCCUCAUUCAUUGAUCCAGCAACAGCAGCAAAUUCACCUCCAGAAGCAAGUGGUGAUUCAGCAACAAAUUGCUAUCCAUCACCAGCAGCCAUUCCAGCAUCGUCAGUCCCAACUCCUGCACACUGCUACACACCUCCAACUGGCCCAGCAGCAGCAGCAAGCUCCACCUAUGACCCAGCAGCAGCAGGGGCCACCACAAAUUUCACAACAAGCCUCAUCUCUUCAUGGCCAACAGCAAGCCCAAACUCUUGUUGUCCAGCCCAUGUUGCAGUCACAACCUCAGCCAGUGCAGCUCCACCAGGACAGUCAUUGCCAGACAGUCACUAAGACCUCUGUCCCUAUUCAAUCCAAGCCUCCCACAGCCCCUCUGAAACACUCACAAAUUGGUGCGGCCAAAAUGUCAGCUUCCCAGCAGCCCCCCCCUCAUAUACCAGUACAGAUGGUAGGAAAUCGUCAGCAAGGUUCAGCUCAGGCUCAGGCAUUAGGGCUUCCUCAGAUGAACACAGCUGUGCAGUCCCCCCGGGGUGUGCCAGCUGUAGUGCAGCCAGUAUCCCAAACCCAUACAGUGUCCUCAUUAGCACAGAUCUCUUCCUCUUCUUCCUCUUCUUCGGUAUCAUCAUCACCACCACCACCUUCUCUUCAAGAAGCACUUUCUCCGCUCAUUGCUGGAGCCAAUGUAGCACAGGGCACAGUGCAGAGCAAGCCCCAGGCUUUGGCAGUCAAGCGCAAGGCAGAAUCUGAAGAGGAGAGAGAAGACUCUAGUACACCAUCUUUACAGGCUGUCAGAUCUUCUCCUGUGGCUGAGAGCCCCAAAAUCAUAGAAGAUAAGGGUGGCCUUGGAGAGAAGACUGACUCUGUCACCAGUGGUACUCUAAAUGCAUCCCCAGAUCCCAACUCUGCAAAUCCAACAAUUGCUUCUGUUCCUACACUGGCUGUGUUGUCACGUCAGACUGGAGAUUCCAAACCCCCACAAGCCAUUGUCAAACCUCAGAUUCUUACACAUAUCAUAGAGGGCUUUGUUAUUCAAGAAGGGGCAGAGCCUUUCCCGGUGGGCUAUUCUCAGUUCCUUAAAGACUUUGAAAAGCCUCUUCAAGGGGCCACUCCUUCUAGGCAGUCUAACAACCAACCCAGCAACUCUCCUGGAGUAGAAAGUUUAACCGUUGAUCAAGACAAGAAAGGAAACUUGCUGAAAUGUGAGUUCUGUGGCAAAUAUGGCCCUGCCAGUCAGUUCCGUGGUUCCAAGAGGUUCUGUUCUGUAACAUGUGCAAAGAGGUAUAAUGUGAGCUGCAGCCACCAACUACGUCUGCAAAGGAAAAAAAUAAAAGAGCUCCAAGAAGCAAACUAUGCUCGUCGUCGACGUGGACCCCGGCGCAACAGCUCUGAGAUUGCUCGAGCCAAAAUCCAGGGCAAACAUCACCAGGGCCAAGAAGAUUCAAGCAGAGGAUCUGAUAAUUCUAGUUAUGAUGAAACACUCUCCCCCACAUCACCAGGACCUCUUUCAGUGAGAUCUAGUCAUGGAGAGCGAGAGCUUGUCAAUUCCAGCAUGACUCAGCCCAUUUCUGACUUGCAUGGUAUCAAUCCAGUUUUCCUGUCCAGCAAUCCUAGCCGCUGGAGUGUGGAGGAAGUAUAUGAGUUCAUUGCAUCCUUACAAGGCUGCCAGGAGAUUGCAGAGGAAUUUCGGUCCCAGGAGAUAGAUGGCCAGGCCUUGCUUCUGCUAAAAGAAGAACAUCUCAUGAGUGCCAUGAAUAUCAAAUUGGGUCCAGCUCUCAAAAUCUGUGCCAAAAUCAACAUUCUUAAAGAGACCUAACAUGGAAUGCAGAUUUUUUUCCCCUAGCUGUAAUGAAUACACUAAAUGGAAGAAAAGAAUUCUUUUACAAGCCUAUGUCAUGGUGAUACUUGGGGAGGAAUAGUCCCUUGGAGGCCUUGAAACAUCUUGUCAAAAGCAUAGAAUAUCUUCUGUUGUGCUAUGAAUUCUUUCUGAGGGAAAAAGGGAAAAAACAGUUCUGUGCUGCAGCUGCUGUGAAUCCUUCCUGUCAAGUUGCUGGAUUCUCAUAUUUUUCUCCCAGUAGAAUUGUUCUUUCCACAUGGUUUCAAUUUUCAGGGGACCAAUUGGUAUUGAAUCUUUUCUCUUGCUAAAGGCUUCUGUUUGGAACAGUAAAGAAAUGUUUUAAAUGGCAUCUUUUCUAAUUGAAGUGUUGACUGAAGGUAAGUAGUAAAUUGAUUUCAUAUAGAAUACAGGAGUGAACGUUAAUUGAACAUUAAAGACUAGAGUUGGCCCAGGUUUAAUGGGACUAUCCAGAAAACAUUACAUCUGAUAAUAACAUCAGAGGGUUUAAAGAUUUUUAAUUUCACUUGUCUCUUGUGGGAUUUGGAGAAAAAUUACUCAAGAGCCAAAGGAGAAUCCAACUCUAUUGAAGCUCCAGAUGUUUCAUCCUGCUUUUUUAAAAAAAAAUGUCUUCUUUGGUUUUUGUAUCUUACCCUUUCCCUUAUGAGAGAUCAUAUGGGACAAACUUUCUGCUAUCGGGUUUGUAUCUUCUGUCCAAAGUCUGUUUAUUUUUGUUUAUUAAGCAAAUUAUUCAGUAAAAGGAAUGCUUCAUAAACAAUAUUGCAAUCUUCCUGUUGUCUGAUUUUUCUCACCAACUUUUGCACAAUCAGGUUUGCAGCUUGUUUUGAAUUCUCACAAGCUUUGUUAUUGGUCCCUGAAUUUAAAUUUUAGAAAUGAUUUUCUGAUCUAUUAGUAAAAGUAAAAUGUAUAUCCAUACAAAAUCUUUAAAAUAUCUUUUAACAUAGAUUCCUGUUCUGGAAUCUACAUAUCUUUAAGUGAACUUUUAUUCUAACAAUUUAGAAUAAUAUUUAAUUUCAUUGUUCUGCCAAUAUAUUUGAAACAAAUUUGUAAAGCUGUAUGUUUAAUUUGAAUAAUUAUUUCAAAAUGUAAAUCUCUUAAGAAUAGACAAGGCAGCCUAAUAUGAAUUUAACAGAAAAACUUGGAAAAUUUUAUUUUCUACUAGAAAUGUUGGCAUCCUAUAAAAUGCAAAGCUCACCUUGUACUAGAAGAGUUUACAGUGCCAGCAUUGAAAGGUUUUCUUUCUUGAAGUGCAGUUCUAUCAGUAAGCUGUUUUUCUAUAUUCAUGUCUAGUAUGAUCCAAAUUAUUUCAGCUUUCAACAAAUGAAAGAAUUAUAUAUUUGUCAGCUUCAGCUUCUAGACUUAGCCCAUAUUUAUCAUUAGAGUUGUUCCAGCCCUAUUUCCUACCAGUUAUUCCAGCCCUAUUUCCUCUUUUCAUUUGAUUUAUGCCUGUAAAAUGUGUAAAUGUCUCCCAAAGGUUAACACAAAACUACAUUGAGAUCAGGACUUUGUUUUCAACUAAAAUGUCUUUAAGCUGUAAUUCACAAACUGUUUGGAAACAUUUAAGCAUACACAUAUUGUGAAAUUUCAAGUCAUUUUUAAUGUUAAAAGUUGCAUCUCUUUAAUACAAAAUAUUUUCAACUUUACUAUGAAAAAAAUGACAUAACCCAUUUCUUUUCUCUUAUAAAAGAGCCUGGCAAAGAGGGCUAUACUAUGUCUCAAAUCUUAUCUCAGCUACAGCACCUCUUCGUAAAAGGAGUAAGAAUAGAUACAGCCUAUAGAUAUACUUGGAGUUUUACUUCCAAGUAGAUCCACCAAUUCCACUAAGAAGAGACCAAGUAAAGAUGUAAAUAUUUCCCCUCACUUUCCCAAAAGCUAAUAUUCCUAGCAAGUUCAAGUGAAUUCAGGAGUCCUUAAUUGCAUUUUAUAUGCAAUUUUGAGAAUUUGCAUUAGGAAACAGUACAACAUGCACCAAAGAAAAGGAAGCACAUCCCUGAAGCAAAUAGACCUGUCAUGCUCUAUCCUUUUUUU